AUGCACGGAAUCAGGGUGGCUGGUCUGCGCAACGGUGAGCGUGAACGACGUAAAGCCGCUGCUGUACGCAGCUCGAUUCUUCGGGUGCGGACCUCGAUCUGCGGAGGCGAUCUCGGAUGCGGAGCUCGAUCAACGAGUACGACGUCUCGCUGGCCUACUUCGGUACCAGAAGAACGUCUGGCCUACUCGAGCUUGUGGGCCGUGGGCUUCGCGUGCACCUGCAGCUACGGCUUGUGUCCGAUCGCGCGCUCGGGACACGAGACCGAUUUGAAAAUCGUGGCGCUCGCAGCCGGCCGCACCCUCCUUGCCUACGUGUGCUUCUUCAGCGACGCUAUCCUCAGCAUCAGGUGGAACGAGCGCCUUAGGACGGCUCUGCUGCUGUUGCGCAGCUUCGACGCCGCCGUCGACUACAACCUCGUCUGCCCCAGCACUUGGACUCUAAGAACUGUCAGCUGGCCAACGGUCAUUACCGUUAUCCUCUUUUGGCUUUCCUUUGGCUACAUUACUUAUAAAUGUGAAAUGACAAGUCCUCUCCUCAAUGCAAUCGUUUACGUGGUAGCAAACGCAGCUAUUUCAAUGCAACUCAUCAAGUUUGCUGGCUUAAUGGUUUUGCUACAUCGGCGAUUUAAAUAUAUGCAUGUGUUAUUGCAAGCUGAAGGCGAGGGUAAGCAAAUGCAGCGUCGAGAGAUGCGACUGCAGGAGGUCUGGUGGUUACACUACACGCUGAGCAACGCCGCCGACAUGGUCAACUCGAUCUACUCCGUGCAGCUGCUAUUCUGGCUAGCUACGAUGUGGCUCAACGCUCUGUCCAGAAUCUACGCGAUCAGCGAGAGUCUUGCGGCGACCGCUCGUUUUUUGCCGAGAAUCCGCCAAUCUCUCCUCGUCACUGCAUACGUCGUCAACCUGCUUAUCAUCACGACAGCCUGUCACUGUACUGCGCACCAGGCGAAUACUAUUGGCAAAGCGACGUUCAAGCCCGAAACAGCUACGUCAAAGAAACGCCAUUCGCUCGAGCAAUCUGUCGAGGUAGGCAUUUAUUUCAAUCUCAGACAACUGCAUUUUUCGGCAGCCGGUGGUUUCAUAUUCAUCGACCUUCCACUUCUAAUAUCUAUAACGGGCACUAUGACAACGUAUCUCGUUGUACUUCACAAUAACACCUAAGCUCACGAAGGAAGGACACCGAAGAGUUCAGAAAAAGAACGAUCAAGUUUGGGGAAUAUUUUCUUUUUUCAUGUCAUCAUCCUUUCAGAGAUUACUCGAUUGGCAUUAUUUGUGACA